AUGAGCGCCAGCGUUCUGACCAUUGUGCGGGCGGUGAUAGUCCGCCUCCUAUUCGCCGCACACGGGAUAGUGUCUAUAUGGCGCCUGUUUGUGGUGACCCAGGACACCAGAUAUUGGUACCUGGCCACGGCUCUCGGGCUACUCUUCACUGAGGCUCUUGUCACAUUGGGCAAGAAGGGCGGCAAGGAGUGGAAAUGGUUUUGUCCCAGCGUCUUCAUAUAUCUGCUGAGUGUCGUGCCUUCCAUUUGGUUUCUGGAAAUCUAUGAAUUAGACAGGCGGAUAUUGGUGAGGGAAAACGUGACCAUGUCUUCUGGUUAUUUAGAUAACACCGCCAAAGACCUGAAGGCCACACUAGGUAGUGUGCUUGGGGUACAGCUUGAGAUCCACAUCCCCAUCAGCCUAACGUCCGACGAGUGGAUUCGAACUCUGGAACAGUUGUUGUUGUUAUUGCUGAUCCUCGGCAGGGGUAUACUGCCCAAAGGGAAACUCACGCACGACCAAUUGUCGCAGCUCCUUUUAGUGUACAUCGGAACAGCUGCGGAUAUCGUGGAGUUCUUUGAAGCCUUUAAAGAAGACGAGGUCCGCUACAACAAAAUGCUGUGCUUGGUUAUUCUUGGAAUUUGGUCUCUAAGUCUGCUACAGUUCUCGAUAGUUCUCACCGCUGCGAGAGCUCGACGAGAUCAGUCUGGGCUGGUUCCCAGGGUGACGACUUACAAAUCCUCGGAUAACAAAGUGGGUUGUUGUCAAGCCGAUGUGUUCGGCAUCAUGAUUUCAAUCGUCCUGCAGGACGCUCCUUUUCUAGUGUUACGGAUGCUGCUGAUAUUCCAGUACCGCGUCUUGAGCUAUACGAACAUGUUCUUUACGUCCAAGAACACGUUAGUGAUCGUCUUGCUGAUUUACCGUCUCGUCGUGGUACAGCUUGAAAAGAGAGACGAGAGGAACAAUGCUUACUCGCUUGCGGCGUCUCAGAGUUUUGACUCCAGAAGUCUGCGCAGUUAUCGGACUGUUGACAGUGGUUUGUCGAGUGAGAGCAGGGACAGCAAGUCCCGCCUUGCUCACGACCUCAGCGUUAGCAGCAAUGGCUUCAACGACGUGGAAAAUUCCAAACCCACUCACAUAAAACUUCAGCGAACGACUGUGGCCCGGACGUUAUCCCUGGACGAUCUCGAUUCCAACUUUUGAAGACUCUCGAUUUUGUCGAUUUGAGGCCAAAUGUUUUGAAGAUUGUCGGAUUGCGACGGAGUUUGUUGGUGGUCAGUUGAAUGAUUUCAGUUAGAGAUAAACAAUUCCUACCGUAUGAAUACAACUAUAGGAAAGGAAGGUUGGAAACGAAGAUGGCAGCGCCAGACCAGCUGAAUUUGGCUACGAAAUGGACAGAGUUUUAAAAAGCUUGUCCAACAUUGAGAGUGGGCAGCCGAUGCAAAAAACUGUAUACCGAAGCAGAGUGGAAUUACCAUGGAUCAUGUCUUUGUUUGUCUGGUAGUUAGGUAGUUUGGUUUACAAGCGCCAUGAAAUGUGCUACAGCAAGGUAUACCGGAGUUAUCUUCUUCCUUCAAGUCGGACAUACGAUCACCGAGGAUACUGUGUUCUCGCUUUGGCGAAUCUGACUGCGGGAUAUUGGUAUUGACGGGGGAAAUUUGUCGUCGUAAUGAGGACAAUUAUUGUAGCAGAUGAGUAGUACGCUAACACCAAUUUGCCCACAAAUCUGCACCGCCAGGGCAGGAAUGGACAACAGAACUCACGGAAACACCUUACACCUGAAUUAUUUUUGAUGGACAAGAUUCCCAAUGGUUAGGAGUUAUUUGAAUUCCGUGAAAGUGGUCACGACAUCUUGUGUCAGGUCCUAGAUGACCUUCGGUGUGAGGAGUAACAAGGCUGUGCCAUUCACAUACCUUUGUGCAGUAAAGGUACUCGACAGACUCGUAUAUAUGGAGUUUUGUUGGAAACAAGGUCUUCGCCAAAUGGAAGGGUCCUUAUAUAUGUAGUGAAUGACAACUGCGUCGUUUUAACCCUAAAAUGGACCGAUUUGGACGUUUUCUCACGGAUUUUUGCCGUGAUGAGAGUUAGGAUUGAUUGAAUGAGCUUAUCGAAAGUAGAUCUCGAGUUGUCUUGGCGCCAGUAGGGCUGGUCCUGAUAUUUCAUUUUUUUUCAUGUUGUCUUUUCUUGUGUAUAUAGUCAGAUAGAAAUCAAAUAGUGUGUGAACAGUAGAAUAGAUUUCGGUUAUAUUCAUGAACACAUAUCCUGAUGAAUUCCAAAUACAUGCACCAAACACUUUGAUGAAUCAUUUAUGUGACUGGACAAGAUGUUACAGAGAUAGACGGUGAUUAAGAUUUUAAAGGUUUGUAAAUGAUUGGUUUCUUUUAUUUAUCGAGGAAAUGUGAGUUAGUUGUACAGGUAUUAAAAUGUGGGAAAAACAACUCUUACUCGCUAUUAAUAAGGGUUUUCGCAAAAGGUCUGCAUGAUCCUUUAACAGCCUAUGUAUUUUUUAGAAAUUGAUUCAAGUUGCUGCACCGGUAUCCCAAGUUUUACACGAAUUAGAAUUGGAAAUGUUUUGGCGCCAUUUAUGUAUUCUUCCGUCUGCUACUGAACCAUAGCAUGGAAGUUAUCCACUAGACUUAGAAACAUGAUAAUGAAUUAAAUUUCCUGGAUGUCGAUUUUUUUUGUAUUACCUAUCCUGUAGUUUCAGCUUAACAUACAUCGUGCAAAACUUUAUCUUAAUUUGAAUUAUAUACAAAGGGCAUAUUGUCUUAAAAUUGGAUAUUAAACACGAGACGGUUUAUUCGGAAAAAAAUAACCACUGCUGCACAGGACACGUGUGGUAUCUUCUCUCUGUUAUGAUUUAGCCCUUGUGCAUGACUUUUUAACAAAAUUUAUUUUUUUAUUUUUACUUCAUCGAUGGUCUGUAAAUAGGGCUGGCAUCUAGCAACUCAACCCGUUAUUUCACGGUUAGAAAAAUACAGCUCUAAGCUUCCACACACA